AUGUUCCAGCUCCUUCCCACAGACCAUGGCUUCUUUUCCCACACACAGGUCCCUCCUGCUGACAGCGGCGAGUCUGAACCGGCUCCAGCGAGACACAAAAUGAACAACUGUAGAGGCGAGACGGCCCAAAGCGCUGAUCCAGCCGUCUGGGGAUGUCUGCAGUCUCUCCUCAGCUCUGACCUGCGGCUGGAGGCGCCUUCACUGUUCCAGACUAGAGUCCAGACUAGAGUCCAGACUACAGCCCAGAGUAGAGUCCAGACUACAGCCCAGACUACAGCCCAGAGUCCAGACUACAGUCCAGAGUUCAGACUAGAGUCCACACUAGAAGUCCAGACUACAGCCCAGAGUCCAGACUACAGUCCAGACUACAGUCCAGAGUUCAGACUAGAGUUCAGACUAGAGUCCAGACUAGAGUCCAGACUACAGUCCAGACUACAAUCCAGACUAGAGUCCAGACUAGAGUCCAGACUAGAGUCCAGACUAGAGUCCAGACUACACCCAGAGUCCAGACUACAGUCCAGACUAGAGUCCAGACUAGAGUCCAGACUACAGCCCAGAGUCCAGACUACAGCCCAGAGUCCAGACUACAGUCCAGAGUUCAGACUAGAGUCCAGACUAGAGUCCAGACUAGAGUCCAGACUAGAGUCCAGACUACAGCCCAGAGUCCAGACUACAGUCCAGACUACAGUCCAGACUAGAGUCCAGACUAGAGUCCAGACUACAGCCCAGAGUCCAGACUACAGUCCAGAGUCCAGACUAGAGUCCAGACUAGAGUCCAGACUAGAGUCCAGACUAGAGUCCAGAGUCCAGACUAUAGCCCAGAGUCCAGACUACAGUCCAGACUACAGCCCAGAGUCCAGACUACAGCCCAGAGUUCAGACUAGAGUCCAGACUACAGUCCAGACUACAAUCCAGACUAGAGUCCAGACUAGAGUCCAGACUACAGUCCAGACUACAGUCCAGACUACAGUCCAGACUAGAGUCCAGACUAGAGUCCAGACUACAGCCCAGAGUCCAGACUACACCCAGAGUCCAGACUACAGUCCAGACUACAGCACAGAGUCCAGACUACAGCCCAGAGUCCAGACUAGAGUCCAGACUAGAGUCCAGACUAGAGUCCAGACUAGAGUCCAGACUAGAGUCCAGACUACAGUCCAGACUACAGUCCAGACUACAAUCCAGACUAGAGUCCAGACUAGAGUCCAGACUACAGCCCAGAGUAGAGUCCAGACUACAGCCCAGACUACAGCCCAGAGUCCAGACUACAGUCCAGAGUUCAGACUAGAGUCCAGACUAGAGUCCAGACUAGAGUCCAGACUACAGCCCAGAGUCCAGACUACAAGUCCAGACUACAGCCCAGAGUCCAGACUACAGUCCAGAGUCCAGACUACAGUCCAGACUACAGUCCAGACUAGAGUCCAGACUACAGUCCAGACUAGAGUCCAGACUAGAGUCCAGACUAGAGUCCAGACUAGAGUCCAGACUACAGCCCAGAGUCCAGACUACAGUCCAGAGUCCAGACUACAGUCCAGACUAGAGUCCAGAGUCCAGACUAUAGCCCAGAGUCCAGACUACAGUCCAGACUACAGCCCAGAGUUCAGACUAGAGUCCAGACUAGAGUCCAGACUACAGUCCAGACUACAAUCCAGACUAGAGUCCAGACUAGAGUCCAGACUAGAGUCCAGACUACAGUCCAGACUACAGUCCAGACUACAGUCCAGACUAGAGUCCAGACUAGAGUCCAGACUACAGCCCAGAGUCCAGACUACAGUCCAGACUAGAGUCCAGACUAGACCCAGAGUCCAGACUACAGUCCAGACUACAGCCCAGAGUCCAGACUACAGCCCAGAGUUCAGACUAGAGUCCAGACUAGAGUCCAGACUAGAGUCCAGACUACAAUCCAGACUAGAGUCCAGACUAGAGUCCAGACUAGAGUCCAGACUACAGUCCAGACUACAGUCCAGACUAGAGUCCAGACUAGAGUCCAGACUACAGCCCAGAGUCCAGACUACAAAUCCAGACUACAGUCCAGACUACAGUCCAGACUACAGUCCAGACUACAGCCCAGAAUCCAGACUACAGUCCAGACUACAGUCCAGACUAGAGUCCAGACUAGAGUCCAGACUAGAGUCCAGACUACAGUCCAGACUACAGUCCAGACUAGAGUCCAGACUAGAGUCCAGACUACAGCCCAGAGUCCAGACUACAGUCCAGACUAGAGUCCAGACUAGAGUCCAGACUAGAAGUCCAGACUACAGCCCAGAGUCCAGACUACAGUCCAGACUAGAGUCCAGACUAGAGUCCAGACUACAGCCCAGAGUCCAGACUACAGCCCAGAGUCCAGACUACAGUCCAGAGUUCAGACUAGAGUCCAGACUAGAGUCCAGACUAGAGUCCAGACUAGAGUCCAGACUACAGCCCAGAGUCCAGACUACAGUCCAGACUACAGUCCAGACUAGAGUCCAGACUAGAGUCCAGACUACAGCCCAGAGUCCAGACUACAGUCCAGAGUCCAGACUAGAGUCCAGACUAGAGUCCAGACUACAGCCCAGAGUCCAGACUACAGUCCAGACUAGAGUCCAGACUAGAGUCCAGAGUCCAGACUAUAGCCCAGAGUCCAGACUACAGUCCAGAGUCCAGACUAUAGCCCAGAGUCCAGACUACAGUCCAGACUACAGCCCAGAGUCCAGACUACAGCCCAGAGUUCAGACUAGAGUCCAGACUACAGUCCAGACUACAGUCCAGACUACAGUCCAGACUAGAGUCCAGACUACAGCCCAGAAUCCAGACUACAGUCCAGACUACAGUCCAGACUACAGUCCAGACUACAAGUCCAGACUAGAGUCCAGACUACAGUCCAGACUACAGUCCAGACUAGAGUCCAGACUAGAGUCCAGACUACAGCCCAGAGUCCAGACUACAGUCCAGACUACAGUCCAGACUAGAGUCCAGACUAGAGUCCAGACUAGAAGUCCAGACUACAGCCCAGAGUCCAGACUACAGUCCAGACUAGAGUCCAGACUACAGUCCAGACUACAGCCCAGAGUCCAGACUACAGUCCAGACUAGAGUCCAGACUAGAGUCCAGAGUCCAGACUAUAGCCCAGAGUCCAGACUACAGUCCAGAGUCCAGACUAUAGCCCAGAGUCCAGACUACAGUCCAGACUACAGCCCAGAGUCCAGACUACAGCCCAGAGUUCAGACUAGAGUUCAGACUAGAGUCCAGACUAGAGUCCAGACUAGAGUCCAGACUAGAGUCCAGACUAGAGUCCAGACUACAGUCCAGACUAGAGUCCAGACUAGAAGUCCAGACUACAGCCCAGAGUCCAGACUACAGUCCAGACUAGAGUCCAGACUAGAGUCCAGACUACAGCCCAGAGUCCAGACUACAGUCCAGACUAGAGUCCAGACUAGAGUCCAGAGUCCAGACUAUAGCCCAGAGUCCAGACUACAGUCCAGAGUCCAGACUAUAGCCCAGAGUCCUGACUACAGUCCAGACUACAGCCCAGAGUCCAGACUACAGCCCAGAGUUCAGACUAGAGUCCAGACUAGAGUCCAGACUACAGUCCAGACUACAGUCCAGACUAGAGUCCAGACUACAGCCCAGAAUCCAGACUACAGUCCAGACUACAGUCCAGACUACAGCCCAGAAUCCAGACUACAGUCCAGACUACAGUCCAGACUAGAGUCCAGACUAGAGUCCAGACUAGAGUCCAGACUACAGUCCAGACUACAGUCCAGACUAGAGUCCAGACUAGAGUCCAGACUACAGCCCAGAGUCCAGACUACAGUCCAGACUAGAGUCCAGACUAGAGUCCAGACUAGAAGUCCAGACUACAGCCCAGAGUCCAGACUACAGUCCAGACUAGAGUCCAGACUAGAGUCCAGACUACAGCCCAGAGUCCAGACUACAGUCCAGACUAGAGUCCAGACUAGAGUCCAGAGUCCAGACUAUAGCCCAGAGUCCAGACUACAGUCCAGAGUCCAGACUAUAGCCCAGAGUCCAGACUACAGUCCAGACUACAGCCCAGAGUCCAGACUACAGCCCAGAGUUCAGACUAGAGUCCAGACUAGAGUCCAGACUAGAGUCCAGACUAGAGUCCAGACUAGAGUCCAGACUAGAGUCCAGACUACAGUCCAGACUACAGUCCAGACUAGAGUCCAGACUACAGUCCAGACUACAGUCCAGACUACAGUCCAGACUAGAGUCCAGACUACAGCCCAGAGUCCAGACUACAGUCCAGACUAG